CCUUUACACUACAACAUGGAGAUGCCAGACAUAAACUGCACCUACAAACCUGCACCAGUGCAGUGUAAUGGGUUUGACCCUCGUGCCUUCCGCUGGGCCCUAACCAUGAGGCUGGCUGUGGAGGAGAUCAACAGGAGUAAUGACUUGUUACCAAACCACACUCUGGGCUAUAAGAUCUUUGACUCCUGUGCUUACCCGUUAACGGGCCAGCGGGCUGCCCUGGCCAUACUAAAUGGACCCGGUGAGGCCGGCAGUCCGCUCUGCUCGGGCGCUGGUCCCCUGUUAGCUGUUAUAGGAGAGUCCGGUUCUGCUCAGUCCAUAGUAGUGUCCAGGAUUCUCCAACCUUUCAGAAUACCAAUGAUCAGCUAUUUCUCCUCGUGCGCCUGUCUGGGCGACAGGAAGGAGUUCCCCACCUUCUUCCGGGUCAUCCCCAGCGACGACUACCAGGUCAAGGCCAUCGCCCAGCUCCUGCAGCACUUCAACUGGACGUGGGUGGGAGUGGUGCGCGGCGACCACGAGUACGGCCGCUUCGCCCUGCUGGGCCUCCUGAAGGAGCUGGAGGGCACAGGCGUGUGCGUGGCCUACCAGGAGAUGAUCCCCCUCCUGUACAACAGCGAGCGCGCGCUGGAGAUCAUCCGCGUGAUGAACUCCUCCUCCGCCCGGGUGGUGGUGGUCUUCUCGGCCGAGGGCGAGCUCACGCCCUUCCUGAAGGACUACAUGGCGCUCAACGUGACGGGCAUCCAGUGGAUCGCCAGCGAGGCCUGGGUGACCUCCUCCGUCUUCACGGGGAGCGAGUACUACCCCUAUCUGGGGGGCACGAUCGGGUUUGGCAUACGGCAAGGCCAGAUCCCGGCGCUCAGCGGUUACCUCGACACGGUGGACCCUUGGCAGUACCCCACCAAUCAGCUAGUACACGAGCUGUGGGAGACGCUGUAUGGCUGCUCUGCCGACAGCAGAGACGAUGGCGGUGGGGGUCUGUUUCCCGUCUGCACAGGGCAGGAGACUCUGAACGAGCAGCACUCGGCCUACAUGAACACCUCCAGUCCCCGCAUCUCCUACAACGUGUACAAAGGUGUAUACGCCGUGGCUCACUCUCUGCACAACCUUAUGCUCUGUGAAAAAGGACGGGGCCCGUUUACAAACUCCUCGUGUGCUGACCUGGACAACAUUUAUCCAUGGCAGCUCCAGCACUACCUCCAAGAGGUCUCCUUCACCAUAGCAGGAGAGGUGGUGAACUUUGACGACAAAGGGGACUCGAUUCCAUCCUACGACCUGAUUAACUGGCAGAGAGGCCACGGGGGCAAUAUCGAGUUCAUUAAUGUGGGCCUAUUUGACGGGGCCCAGGAGGCCGGGAAAGAGCUGCUCAUUGAGGACAAUAUGAUCACCUGGGUUGGUCACCGGAGCCAGGUGCUGGUGUCUGUGUGCAGCGACAGCUGUCCCCCAGGAUUCCGGAAGGCUGUCCGUGCUGGGGAGCCUAUUUGCUGCUUUGACUGUGUACCAUGUGACAGCGGCAAAAUUAGCAAUGAGACAGAUUCAAUAGACUGCAUGGCCUGCCCUGAAGACUUCUGGUCCAAUAUUGGAGGAACACACUGCAUACCCAAAGAGAUUGAGUUUCUAUCCCAUGAUGCAAUGGGAAUAACUCUGACAGUGAUCGCCGUUGUUGGGGCCUGUCUGACCAUUUCUGUCCUAGCAGUGUUCCUCUACCACAGAAGCACGCCCGUAGUCAGGGUCAACAACUCUGAGCUGAGCUUCUUCAUCCUGCUGUCCCUCACGCUGUGUUUCCUGUGUGCGCUGAUCUUCAUUGGCGAGCCCACAGCCUGGUCCUGCAUGCUGCGCCACACCGCCUUCAGCAUCACCUUCUCCCUCUGCAUCUCCUGCAUCCUGGGCAAGACCCUGGUGGUGCUGGCCGCCUUCACAGCCACGCGGCCCGGAAACAACAUCAUGAAGUGGCUGGGGCCCAAGCAGCAGAGGGUCAUCAUCUUCUCCUGCACCUUGGUCCAGGUCAUCAUCUGUGCGGCCUGGCUCAUCUCGGCUCCCCCGUACCCCAACAGAAACACACAGUACCAGCGCUCCAAAAUCAUUCUGGAAUGCAGCGUAGGAUCUGACUUGGCCUUCUGGUGUGUUCUGGGAUACAUCGGACUGUUGGCUUGUCUGUGUUUUGUUUUGGCUUUUUUGGCCCGCAAACUGCCUGGGAAUUUUAAUGAGGCAAAGUACAUUACUUUCAGUAUGCUGAUUUUCUGUGCAGUCUGGUUAGCUUUCAUCCCAGCCUAUGUUAGCUCACCAGGAAAGUUCACAGUUGCUGUAGAGAUUUUUGCCAUUUUAGCAUCCAGUUUUGGCCUACUGCUGUGCUUAUUUGCACCCAAAUGUUACAUUAUUUUGAUAAAACCAGAAAAGAAUACAAAGAAUCACUUAAUGGGAAAAGAAAAGUAA